UGUGAGCAACUCACCAGCAGCUAAAUUUGUUCGCAGUGCAAGAGAUCAGGCUUAAGAGAUGCCCAAGGAGAAGGACGGGGUUGAGCCGCCAACAAAGCGGCAGAGGAAGGAUCGCCGGGGGCGCAAGGAUGGCAAGGAGGUAAUCCCCGCCGGGGGAGGCAGAGGAGCUGGUCCAAGCGUGAGGAACUCGUCGCCCACCCCCUCGAUCGCCACGGAGAGCAGCGAUUGGGGCGACAGCGAGUCCAGCUACUCGGACUCUAGUUUCAGCUCCACCGCAUCCUCGAGGUUCUCCAGCUCCACCAGCUCCACCAGCAGCAGCUCCUCGUCCAGCGAAAGCAAUGAGGAGCCGGAGGGCUCCACCAAGAAGCCCUCCUGCUGCCGCCAUCGGCACUAUCACCGCCAUCGGCGCCACCACCACCCCUCGCGCCACUCGCACCGCCGACGUGGGCGUGGCAGCCGCCACCAUCGCUCCGCACACGGCCGCUCCACGAAGCGCUCCUCCAGGAAGGGGCGUCGCGGCGCCUCCUCCACCGCCAAGGCGCCACUUGUGAUCAAGGAGGAGUCCCCAUCCACGCAGGCCAUCCUGAUACCGGAUCCCAUUCCCCUGCCCGUGCCGGCUCCCAUUCCGGCCGUCCUCGCCACGCAUCCACAUCCGCAACCGCAUCCGCAGCCUGUGCCGGCUCCCGCUCUAGCCCCUGCUCCUGUUCCUGCUCCUGGUCAUACUCAUGCUCCGGUGGCCAAGCCAGCUCCCCAAGCGGUGCCCAUGGAGCAUCAUCACCGCAAGACGCGCGUGCGCAGCUCCGGUUCCGGCUUGCAGAACCUCAUCCCAGCUACCAGUAGCCACAGCCAGGGCGUCUUCCAGUCGAGGACCGUCACCGUCACCAAGAGCACCGCCACUCCCACUACCGCUCCAACCCCCAUAACCAUGCCCAGUGAUGGCCAGUCGAUGGGCAAUUCUUCUGAAGGCAAAAUCAAGGUUGGCGGUGCCCGAUCCUCUAGCACGAAGAUACCCCUUGCCAAUGCCAUGGCCAGCAAGUCCGCCAACCAGGUCAAGACCCCGGAGGCCAGCUCCUCUUCGAAAGCUCUGGCAAAGCCUGUUAAUCCCAGUUCGAGGCACUUCAAUGUCAAACCCCGCACCCUCAGCAAGAAUCCGGAGACCAGCAAGAUUGGGACUUCCAACAAUGAGCGACCGCGUCGUGGACCUUCCACGCCAAAGCGUCAGUGGGAUGAUGAGCGAAGUGAUGGCUGCAAGUGGAAACAGCGGCGCAAUCGAGAAGGAGGUGGUGGAGCGACCAGAGAGGACCCCUUUGAUGAUCCCGACGCCGAGGGCAGCCAAGUGGCUUACCGCAAUGGCAAGCCCACCUUCAGAUUCCGCCAGCCCGCCCGCAUUGUGCGUCUCCACAUCAAAGGACUCACCCGCCAGGUGACCAAGGAGCACAUCACCGAGAUCUUCGGCCACUUUGGCGCCCUCACCGCCGUCGACUUUCCCAUGGACCGCUACCAGGUGCGCCUGGGGCGUGGCUACGCCUUCGUGGAGUACGCCCGUCCCGAGGACUGCGCCUGCGCCAUCAAGCACAUGAACGGCGGCCUGAUCGACGGCAAGCGGAUCACGGUGUCCGCCUUCCAGGAGAGCAUGCUGAAGGCUCCGUGGCGCGACUACCGCCGCUACUCGCCGGUGAAUCGCCGCCAGCGCCGCCACUCGCCGUCCCGCUCUCGCUCCAGCUCCCGCUCCCUACCGCGCUUCCUGUCCCGAUCCCGUUCGCCGAGCUUCUCCCGCUCCCGCUCCCGCACCCGUUCCCGCUCAAGUUCCCGCUCGCAGUGCAAGUCGGGAUCGCGCUACAACCGCCGCUACCGCACCCCCUCCCGUUCCCCCUUUUCACGCGGCCGCUCGCAUUACCACCGCCAUGCUUCGCGUUCGCCUUAGGCAGGUCGCACUGUGGACGAGGACACACUGUAGGAAGAGCCAGAUAAAUGACAGCGAAGUCAGCCAGUCCCAUACAAAUAAAGAUUCCGUUGAACAAAA